AGGAGCAAAAAAGGGGGCGGGGGACUCGGCUUGUUGUGUUGCUGUCCGAGAACCUGAGCCAUUCCAGCUGCGGCCACAGCUCCUCCAAUCGCCCGGCAAUGUCGUCUCAUUUAGUAGAGCAGCCACCGCCCCUGCAUAACAACAACAACAACUGCGACGAAGGGGAACAGCCUUUGCCCCCGCCAGCCGGCCUCAACAGUUCCUGGGUGGAGCUACCUAUGAACAGCAGCAAUGGCAAUGAUAAUGGCAAUGGGAAAAAUGGGGGACUGGAACACGUCCCUUCCUCAUCUUCUAUCCACAAUGGAGACAUGGAGAAGAUACUUUUGGAUGCACAACAUGAAUCAGGACAGAGUAGUUCAAGAGGCAGUUCUCACUGUGAUAGCCCUUCCCCACAAGAAGAUGGGCAGAUUAUGUUUGAUGUGGAAAUGCACACCAGCAGGGACCAUAGCUCUCAGUCAGAAGAAGAAGUUGUAGAAGGAGAGAAAGAAGUUGAUGCUUUGAAAAAAAGUGUAGACUGGGUGUCGGACUGGUCCAGUAGGCCUGAAAAUAUUCCACCUAAGGAGUUCCACUUCAGGCACCCUAAACGUUCUGUUUCUUUAAGCAUGAGGAAAAGUGGAGCCAUGAAGAAAGGGGGUAUUUUCUCUGCGGAAUUUCUUAAGGUGUUCAUUCCAUCUCUCUUCCUUUCUCAUGUUUUGGCUUUGGGGCUAGGCUAGGAAAACACACCAUUUUAUUGUAUAGUCCUUGAGUGAAACUGCAUCUAUAUUGGAAAACGACUGAGCACACCUUCUGCCAGCACCUACUGAAGGACAGAAAGCCCCUGGAAAAGCAUGUGACCUGUGAAGUGGUGUAUUGUCACAAUAGUUUAUUUGAACUUGAGGCCAUUGUAAGCGUGAUCCAACCUACAACCCUAUUUUUACAUAUCCCAGCUCCAGUAACUCUCAAAUCCAGUAUUUUAUUCAAACUCUGUUGAGGCAUUUUACUAACCUCAUUCCCUUUCUGGCCUGUAAGACACUUUAGAAUUUCCUAACAGAGUUUACCGUUGUUUAGAAAUUUGCAAGGGCUUCUUUUCUGCAAAUGCCACCAGCAGAUAAUAAUUUGUCAAUAAUGCUAUUGUCUCCUUUUAGUACCACCAGAUUUAGACCGGAAUCGUUCAUGGUAUAAAUUUUACUCUUGCAAGAUGACUACCAUCUCUCUCUUAAAAUGAGAUCAGAUUAGCAAAUGAUAUAAAGGCUUUCUUGUUUUGUUUUGUUUUUUAAGCUUCCCAAGCUUGAAUUUAGUUAUUAAAAAAGAAAACAAGAAAAAAAAAGACAAGAAAAAAUAUAAAAAUAUCUUGGGCAAUAAAAAUUUAUUUUAAACCAGCUUUGUCUAAGCCUCCUGAUGGCACCUUUUAAUUUGUAGGAGGCAGUCUAUAUAAAUGAUAGUAUGAAAUAGAAUAAGAACUAAAGUACAUCAGCAGAUUUUAAUAUUAGUAUGUUAUAGUGCUGUCUUUUCUAGGAUGUAGAAUCUUUAUUUCUGGUAAGGAACGUCUCAGGCCUAUUUUGGGAUUUUUGCAUAUGUUUUUGGUAUUUUUAUGUUUAUUAGCGGCAUGUGAAUUUUUCAUGGUUUUCUUUAAAUUAAAAAAAAAAUGUGUUUUUGUUUUUUUCCCUAAGAUGAGGCUUUGGAAUGAGGUCCAGUUUGUGAUAUAAAUGCAGGCUUAUUGUUUUAGGAAGCAUCACAUACACUCUGAAGCCUUUAAACUCUACAGAUAAUUGUUUCUGAGUUAUUCCAAACACCUGUGCAGCUUUGAAAAACAGAUUUGGUUUGUGGGAACAUUUGACACCAUUCUGAAAAGAUGCCAUUUGUUUUUUUCUGAUCUCUCCUUUUUUAAUGUUUACUGUAUAAUCUUCCCCAGGUGAUUCCUGUGAUUCUGCAGGUACUAGUCACUCUCUCUUGUAGCCAUCUUUUCAGAUAUAUUAAACUCCUGAAGUUCCAGAGCUCUCAACAACUUCUUUCUGUAACAUACUUUGUUUCUAAAAUGUGAAGCUUUAGGACCAAAUUGUUAGAAAGCAUCAGGAUUACCAAUUAUUUCAAGUAGAGUUAUUGGAUUUCAGAACAUAUAGCAUGAUUCUGAAGGAUACUAUUAUGUGUUUUAUAUAUAAAUAAUUACUGUUUAUGAUAUAGACAUCACUAUUGACUAUUUAGAGAACCAUUGUUAAUUUUAAAACUAGCAAUUUACUCAUUUAAAAAAGUGCAUCAGGUUGACUUGAAUAAAAACGCUUUGACAACCAGGUUUGCCAGUUUGCAGAAGCUAUCUAAUUUUUCUCUCUCACAUUGUUUUUAAAAAUUUAUGUUAUAGUGGAAAAUAACAUACAGAUUAAACAAAAAAUUUGUGACUAUCUUUUUUAAGAGUAUAGCUGGCUAUCUUUAAGAAAAAAUCGAUAUAUAUAAAAUAGUUUUCUGAAUUAUUUUUACUUUUCUUUCUGGCAAUGGAUGCUGAGUAAUUUUGGAUGUCUUUUUAAUAUACCUUGUUUCUGUUAUUCUUAAACCUGGUAACACUUGAUUUGCCUUCUGUAACUUAUUUGUUUCAAGUGUUCAUAUUUAAAUUUCUUUGGGAAGAAUGAAAAUCUGAUGAUCCACUUAUUUUGAAAAGCCUGAAUAAAAUUGUAAAGGCUGGUAAAGUUAAGAGAACUAAAUAACUGCUAUCGUAUCCAAUUUGUAUUACAAUUGGUAUUAUGGGAGAGAAAGCUAAAAUUAUUAUUAAAAUAAGAGCAACUUUUUACAGGCAAUGCAUUGCCCUCUGAAAUUCAGAAACAGUUCUGUCAGUGAUUGAACUUGGGUAUAUUUAUGGUAUUUUUUUCAACAUUAAAAAAAAUUUAGUUCUGCCCUUUUUCUUAAAAAUACUAAUGAGAUUUUGGACUGUUUAUUACAUGGUCACAGUAGAACUUCUCACAAGAUGGAAUCAUGCAGUAUUUAUUGAUAGCACUAACAUGUGGGACAAAUGUUUAUGCUCCUUCCCAGAUUUGUGUUGAACAGAAACAGAUUAUGUAAUUGGAAAGGAGAAUCUAACAAAUUAACAGUUAUUUUAAAAAUAAUGUUUAAAAAAGCUUUACACCUGUUUAUAAUUUGGAGAUGAAAAGACAGGCUUCAUUUUUCUAGUGUGUGAUGAAAACUGGCUUAAAAUAUUUACAAAUAGAGUCCAGGGUAAAACUGUACAAACUUGCUUGUUGAAAAGUGCAAGUUACUUUGCAGUACAAAUAUUUACUGUUCUAAAAAAUGAAAAUUGAAGACUUAGCCAGGCAGAUGAAUUUUUAAGUGAACCAGGUGUUGAAAUUAUUGGAAUUAACUGAGCCAAAGUGAUUAUGCAUUCUUCAUCUAUUUAGUUAGAUCUUUGUAUCAUUAUAUACAGUUUACAAUACAUGUGUAACUUGUAGCUAGAAUCAUUUUGUGCCAUUAAAGCUCUCACAAAACUC